AUGCACGAUCCAACGAGUUUGAUCACAAUGAUAAUCCAUAUUGUAUUGCAGAUACUGAAGUCCCGUGUUAUCAUGCUAAAACGUACGUUAAGGUAUGUACAAAGUUGAAAUCACUUCAAAUAGUAAUAAAAAUCUCACAAAAUAAAAAAGUAAAAAUUGAAAUAUUUUUCAGUUAAAGAUUUUUAAAAAAAAUUGAUUUUUGGUUCAUUUUUUGGUAUUCAGUAGUGUGCGGUAGGUGGUAUUUUAGUCGAAAUUUGUCGUUCAGAAUGGAAAAGGAAAAAGCUACAAAGAAGCCUAAACAUAAGGUAAGGUUUUUAAAUAUCUUUUUCACUUUGCUUCUGAAAAAAAAAUUUUAAUUCCGUUCAGCUUCCACUAAAAGUUUAAAAAAUUACAUUUUUAGUUCAUAAUUAUAUAGGUAUACCUAGAAACAUCUAAAACUGAAAAAUAUUUUUUUUUUUCAAAUAUUAUCUUACGUAUUUUGUCGUUUCAGCACUGUAAGCAUAAAAAGCUGCACAAGGCCCAAGUGAAUCGGUUUCUCUUCGAAGUCUUCAAUGAUGAAGAUCUGACGAUUCGUGAAGAAAAGAACGUUGUUCCAACUGAAAAGAACUCAAAAUGUUUAAAAAUGGCUUCAAACAACAGAAAACUGGCUUCAAACGACAGAAAAAUUGCUUCAAACAACAGAAAAAAUGGUUCAAAAGACGUAAAAUUAUAUUCAAAGGCUUCAGAAAAAGACGACGAUGUUUCUGAAGAGAUUUCGAUCAUGUCAACAAGAGAUUUCUCACCUAGUUAUCGAGGGAGAAGCAAGAAAAACACAGUGAGUCAAGAAUUUUCGUCAGUUUUAUCAAAAAUAAUAUUUUUUCGACUGAAAAAAUAAUUUUUCUUGGCUGGAAAAUAUUUUUUUCAAUCCUUUUUCUUUGUCUAACAUAAUAUAAAUUGUUUUAUAUAGUUUUUCAUUCAUCUAACAUAAUAUAAACUGUGCAAAAAGGCUAACUCUCUUUGCCUAAAACAAUAUUAUUCAUAAUUCUUACCUAAAAUAAUAUAAACUGUGCAAACAGGCUAUCUCUCUUUGUCUAAAACAAUAUAAUUCAUAGUUAUUACCUAAAAUAAUAUAAACCACCAUUUUCAGCCUCGAAAGAAGAAAAUUUCACAACAAGACCGAAUCUACUACGACCCAAUCGAGGACAGGGCCCCAGAUUCCUUGAAUUCUCAAAGCGAUGCCACUAGUUUCAUGCCAUUUCCCUAUGUUAUUUAUCCAGAUGCCGCAUUAUUGGUACGAAUGGAAGACUUACAGAUUAAAGACGUCUUGAAGCAGGAUUCUGAAGGCAAUUUCACGUUGGAACGACACAUUUCAGUCCGGGAAACGGGGAAACGACUGAUCGAUGUGGCUUUCUUGGGGCAUUUGAUUGAACGAAAUGAACGUGUUCUGAAUAGGUAGAUUAAUAUUUGGUGGAAACGAAGGUGUUUUUCAGGUACAUCCGUUGGUUUUUUCGUAUUUUUGUUGUUCAAGGUGAAGAAAAUACGAAAGAAUUAAUGGAUUUAAGGCUUUUUAGUAUUUUUAGGUGACAAUGCAUUUUAAAAUUACGACAAAUUGGAAAUAUUUUCAGAUCAUGCCUACGUGAAUAUACAAAAUCACCAGAUGGACCAUUUAAGGUAUAA